UGUGUGUGUGUGAGCAGUAGGCUAUAUGAGAGAGAAGGGGCCAAUGGGCCGUCCCUAGUGGGUGAUCAGUUGGACUGAGACAGAGGAACAGCAUGCACUACCACAGUAUGUGUUGUCUGGGUCUCCUGGUGGUGGUGGCUCUGACCCCGUGGACCCUGGCACAGUUCCCCAGAGAAUGUGUCACCUCAGCGGGGCUACGGAGCGGCCAGUGCUGCCCCUCUCCCACUGGAGCCCUGGACGACGAGUGUGGUUCUGCCACAGCGAGGGGUCAGUGUGUGGCCGUAGCUGCCGACAGCCACCGCCACGGCCCCCAGUACCCACAUGACGGCCGGGACGACCGGGAACGCUGGCCGUUAAGGUUCUUUAACCGGACGUGCCGGUGUAACGGGAGCUUUGCGGGGUAUAACUGUGGCCGGUGCCGGUAUGGACUCACCGGACCGAACUGUGAUCAGAGGAUAUCUGUGGUCAGGAGGAAUGUGAUGCAGAUGAGUUCAGCAGAGAAGCAGGCGUUUGUGAACUCUCUGGACCAGGCCAAGAGGACCGUCCACCCUGACCUGGUCAUCUGCACACGACGUUACCAGGAAGUGUACGGUCCGGACGGUAACACCCCUCAGUUUGACAACGUCACCAUCUAUAACUACUUUGUGUGGACACACUACUACUCUGUCAGCAAGACCUACAUGGGGGCGGGGCAGGCUAGCUUUGGGGGUGUGGACUUUUCUCACGAAGGCCCGGGAUUCGUCACCUGGCACAGGUUCCAUCUGCUGCAGCUGGAGAGAGAUAUGCAGGACAUGUUGGGUGAUGCCACCUUUGCCCUCCCCUACUGGAACUUUGCCAUCGGCGGCAGUGAGUGUGAGGUGUGUACUGACGACCUCCUAGGAGCCAGGUCUGUCUUCGAUAUGAACAGCCUCAGCCCCAACUCUGUCUUCUCCCAGUGGAGGGUGAUCUGUGAGAGUGUAGAGGACUACGACACUCUAGGAACCAUCUGUAACAAUUCAGAGACCAGUCCCAUCAGGAGGAACCCAGCCGGUAACAUGGCGCGACCCAUGGUGCAGAGGCUGCCUGAACCCCAGGAUGUAGUGGACUGUCUGGACCUGAAAACCUUCGAUACCCCACCUUACUACUCCACCUCUUCAGAGAGCUUCAGGAACACCGUAGAGGGCUACAGUGCCCCUCAGGGUGGCUAUGACCCAGUGGUGCGCAGCCUCCAUAACCUGGCUCACCUGUUCCUCAACGGGACAGGAGGGCAGACACACCUGUCCCCUAACGACCCCAUCUUUGUCCUGCUCCACACCUUCACUGACGCCAUCUUUGAUGAGUGGCUGAGCCGACACGCCCCAGGGGAGGCAGUGUACCCGGAGGAGGAUGCUCCUAUUGGUCACAACAGACAGUUCAACAUGGUUCCCUUCUGGCCACCCGUCACCAACGCUGAGAUGUUCGUCACAGCCCCCGAGAACCUGGGAUACACCUACGAGGUCACAUGGCCCACUCGCCCCUACACGCUGUCUGAGAUCAUCACCAUAGCGAUCAUCGCCGCGGUGCUGGUGGCUGCGGUGGUGUCGGGGGUCAUGGCGUGUGCCAUGCGUGCUCGCUACUUCCGCUCGGCUGAGGGACUGGAGCCGUUGCUAGGGGAGACCUUCCGUCGCUACUCAGACAGACAGACGGACAAGAGCCAGUCUGUCGUGUAGAGAUCAUGUGUCUCCACCGGCACCCUAUUCACUAUGUAGUGCACUACUAGUGACCAGAGCCCUAUUCCCUAUAUAGUGCACUACUAGUGACCAGAGCCCUAUUCCCUAUAUAGUGAACUACU